UUGCUGCUUCACACUGGCAUUCCGUAUCGCGUAUAUGAUACCACGUUUGGCUACCAGCAGCGCACAGUCGUUAAUGAGCGCUCGUCGAGUUCGCUUCGCAGGAAAUCACAGCUCGCGUUCGCACGCGUGUUCGUAAAAUCGUCGAUUUCGAAACGUGUUGGAAAGUGUUUGGAAAUUCUGAGAAUAUACAUAUUCGAUAGAGUAUAGAAACUGAACUUUAGUGAACCGAGUGAAGCAUGUCCAGUGCCCAAGUGUCACAACAACCGCCUCCACCGCCGCUGACCGCCAGCAGUAGCACCUCAAUGCCGUCGCAAUUGCUACUUAGCCACAUUCAGCACCACAGCAGCAGUCUGCAUCAUCAGCGCAGUCAUCAGCGAUCUUCGCCACCUGCCCAGGACUACGAUCAGGGCAGCAAUCAAUCCACACUCUCGCCCAGAUCCCAGAUAACACCCAGUCCGCCGGCAGCCAGUCCCACGCAUUCGGCGGCCACCACAGGAUCACCAGUUAGCACCUAUACGCCGGCCUUGAGUCCCGGUGGUGCACAGGAUAGCAGCCAAACGGAGAGUGGUCAGAGUUCACAGAUGCCUCUGCUAGUGGCUCCCAUGCCCGUGGGCACUGGUCCGCCACAUUCACAUCCACCGCCGCCCCAUCCUCGUCUCUAUGUGGAGGGUUUCCCGCCACCGCAUCACGUGCCGCAUCCACAUCCCGUCCUUAGCGCCUAUCCCCUGCCACGACUGCCUCUAAUGCUACCGGCAAAUCCACCAGGUGUGCCAUCUGGAGCAGCUGCACCACCGCCCGUCUCACCGCAGCCCGCUGCCAAUCACCUGAGCCACAGUGGAGCCACCAUGGCCACAACCACACUCCUGCCACCCGCCCAAAGUCAGCCCAAGAAAUCCUUCUGCAUCGAUGCCCUGCUGGCCAAGAGCCAACACCAGUCUGGUGAGCCACAGCCCAUCAUUGUGGAUGAUCGUCUGGCCGCCCUGCACUAUGCCCGGGAUCAGGCGGAACUCAAUCAUGCCUUCGUGACCGCCUCCAAUGCGGCGGCAGCUGCUCAGGCGGCUGCUUCGGCCGCCGGCGGCAUCAGCGAGCAGGAGGCACUGCAGCGCAUACGGGACUCCAGGGAGUACGACUCACCAAGUCCCGACGGCAUGUCAAGAUCGGAGUCGCCCACUUCGUCGCACCGCUCCAGUCCGCCCAUCAGUCCCGGUUGUGAGGAUCAGCAGCAGCCCCACGGUGCACUGCAUCCCCAGCAUCUGUCCAUGCGCAUGUCCGACUUCCACGACGAGUUCAAGAAGCCAAUUCCACCACACAGUCCCAUCAGACCACAGGAUUUCCCGCUCUACGCGGGCGGACAUCCCUACCAGCUGCUGGCCCAGGGUGGAUCCGCCUUCCACAGACCACUGGAUCCCUCAGGGAAACCCAUUCCGAUACCCAUGGGUCAUAAUUUCAUGCCGUCGCAGCUGCAAUUUGAGUUCCUGGCCCGCGCCGGAAUGUUGCACCAUCGAAUUCCCGAACUGGCCGCCUAUCCGCAUCAUGCGAUUCUGGGCAAGACCAGGAGACCACGAACCGCCUUUACAUCGCAGCAGCUCCUCGAACUGGAGAAGCAAUUCAAGCAGAACAAGUAUCUGAGUCGGCCCAAGCGAUUCGAGGUGGCCAGCGGUCUGAUGCUGUCCGAGACGCAGGUGAAGAUCUGGUUCCAGAAUCGUCGGAUGAAGUGGAAGCGCUCCAAGAAGGCGCAGCAGGAGGCCAAGGAGCGGGCAAAGGCCAACCAGCAGCAGCAGCAGCAGCAGACGCCCAGUGCCGCCAGUUAGGAGGAGUAGCAGUAAGGAGGAGCAGCCGGAGGAACUGUUGGAUCUGAAGGAGUGGUCUCCAAUCUAGUCAUGCCGCGAUCAAACCGCCGUCCCACCAUCCAAACGAGACACCCUGUAUUCUUGCCCCCAGUUUCAUUCGCGCAAUCGGUCGAAAUCUUUUUUGGGUUUUUUGCACUUUGAUUUCGCAUUAUUUUUUUUAUUUUGUGCCACAACAACUGGUCACUGUGUGAUAUAUGUGUGUAUAUGUAAACAAGAAAUAUAAAUUAAAUUCAUUACCCCCCUCUCUUUAGCCCCUUUAUGUACAUAAACAUAAAUCUAAAUAGGAACACGAACAUAAAUAACAAAGUAAACAUAAAUCUAAACUAAAUGAGUAAUGCUUAAGUAAAUAAAUUACAUUAAAUGCGAUUAGUUUAGUUGGUAAUUUGCAAUUCGCUUGUGUAAUUUGUGUAAAUAAUUGUAAUUAUGUAAUUGUAGUAUUUAAUAUUAACGGAAACAACAAGAGCCAUUGAGAAAAAUAACAAAUAUAAAAUGUAUAACAACGCAUUGCGAUUGAAUUAGUUAAUUUUCUGGAUUUUAUUUUCGAAAUCAAAAUUGGAAAAAAUAAAUCACUAAAAAUAUGA